AUGUCAACUCAUUUUUCUCCCAUUCGUUGCUUUGAAACCAUUCUGGCCCCUCGUUGGCUCGCACAAAAAGGUUGUCCAUUGAUUCAACACCAAGCACAACAAACCAUGAAGUUCUCGUCUACUUUUGCCCUGUCCAUGUUGGUAGGAUCGGCUUCGGCCUUUUCUCCAGCUUCUCCUAUCCAAAAGGCCAUCAACCGUGCCAGUUUCUCUAGUGUGGCUGUGGAGAUGGGAGAAAAGCCUGUCUUUGAUCAAGAACAAUUCAUUCAAGAAUCCAAGGAUAUGCGUCUGAAGCACUUGGAGGAACAGGCCAUGUAUGCCUUGAAAAUCUCGGCGGAGAACUACGGAAAUGCUGUCUUCCCUAAUGCCAUGAUUGCUGGAGAUUUGGUUAUCACCGACUUGUUGGGCCGAAUGGGCUACUUGAAGGAUGGCAAGGUGAAGGUCAUGGUUGUGGAUACCUUCCAUUUGUUCCCUGAGACCAUGGAAUUUUUGAAGAAAAUCGAAGAUCACUAUGGAUUCAAGGCAGAGGUUUUCUGCGCCGAGGGAAUCCCUGUAGGUGACAAGGACGCGUUCGAUAAGCGAUACGGAGCUGACUUGUGGAAGGAGGAUAUUGAUGAAUAUGACCGUGUCUGCAAGGUCGAACCAUUCCAACGUGGUCUGAAAACACUUGGAACUGACUGCAUGAUCAAUGGACGUACCCGCUGGCAAGGAUUUGAACGUGCCUGGAUCGAUCUUUUCGAGAAUGCCCCCAUUGGAGGAGGAUUGGCCAAGUGCAACCCCAUUGCCUACUGGACUUUGGAAGAUACUUUUGAUUACUUUGCCAAGCACAAGGUGCCUUACCACCCUCUUCACGAAAAGGGAUACCCUAGUAUUGGUGAUGCCAAGGAUACGAUCCCCAUCCCAGAAGACGGCAGUGUCAAAUUUGUCAACUACGAAUGGGAGGGAGACAAGACCCAGUGGCUCGACUAUGCCACCGAACGUAAGGGACGCUUCGUUGGAUUGGCUAACAAGGAUGGAUCCACCAAGACUGAAUGUGGAAUCCACGUUGAAGGUGCUGAACGCACAUGGGAUCGUGAUUUGUGGGAAGCUGACAAGAGUAGCGUCAAGAAGGUUGACUCCUCAGAUGCCGCCUUGGAGGUUGUCAAGAGUGGAAAACCAGCCGUCAUGGUUGUCUAUGCUCCAUGGUGCCAAUUCUCUCAAAAUAUGGAAGAAGAAUUCGAGUCCUUUGCUGGAGCCACUGAUUUGGAUGUCUUCUCCUACCGUGGAGACGAAGACCGUGAAUUUGUUCAGGCCAACUUGAACACACAAUCAUUCCCCACAGUCAAUGUCAUCAAGCCCGACGGAACUGUUGUCAAGUACGAAUCCGAGGAACGCACUGUUGAUGCUUUCAAGAAAUUCGUUGAGGAAACACUUUAA